AUAGAAAAUCUGAUCCGGAUGUCACCAGCGGAGCAGGGUGCACCGCCCCCGCGCUGCCGCUAGAGGGACCCACUUACUUUACGGUUACUCGGAUGUUGUGAACAGCGGACACAUCAGGACCAGGACCAGGAGCUAUGGCAGCGUCCAGCGUUUUCUCUGGAGUUUAUGCUGCUGCCGCGAAGUUAUAACCCAACAAGAAAGUGGGAGCCCCCCCGCCCCCCUCCUCCCCUCCCUCGCUGUUUCCAUGGCCGUCGGCUGAUGUGCGAAGCGAUGCGGCACCACUGGCUGCUCCUGGGGGCUAGCGGAUGGGUGCUGCUCAUCCUGAUGUUCGUGAGCAAGUUCAUCAGCUUCAGAGCCGUGGACGAUUAUGGAGAGAGAGUCGGUGGUCAGGGUUGGACGGUGCCCGGCACCAAGACGCUCAAACCCGCGUCCGGCCGAGAGAGACAAGGCCCCCGUCCGCCUCACCAAGAUUCGGCAGCGCCCGCGGACGCGGAGUGGCAGUCCGUCGCCGAGAAGCGCGGCGAGCUGCUCUCGGCGGCGUGCCGGAACGGCAGCCUCAGGAACCUGACCCACGUCUCCAUCAGCAAGUUCGUCCUGGACCGCAUCUUCGUCAGCGACAAACACAAGAUCCUGUUCUGCCAGACGCCCAAAGUGGGCAACACGCAGUGGAAGAAGGUCCUCAUCGUGCUCAACGGAGCUUUUUCCACAGUGGGGGAAAUCCCAGAAAACCUCGUUCACGACCACGAUAAAAACGGCCUCCCUCGCCUCUCUUCACUCAGCCCACAGGAGAUAACUCACAGAUUGUCGACCUACUUUAAGUUCUUCAUCGUGAGGGAUCCCUUCGAGCGCCUGAUUUCCGCGUUCAAGGACAAAUUCGUGAAGAACCCGCGCUUCGAGCCCUGGUACAAGCACGACAUCGCCCCGGCCAUCAUCAGGAAGUACCGCAAGAGCCACCGCGACAGCGAGCGCGCCGCCUCGGGCCUGCACUUCGACGACUUCGUCCGCUACCUGGGCGACGCGGAGGGCCGCCGGCGGAUGGACCGGCAGUUCGGCGAGCACAUCAUCCACUGGGUGACGUACGCGGAGCUGUGCGCGCCCUGCGAGAUCCGCUACAGCGUCGUCGGCCACCACGAGACGCUGGAGCGGGACGCGCCGUACAUCCUCAAGGCGGCCGGCAUCGACCGGCUCGUGUCCUACCCCGCCAUCCCUCCGGGCAUCACGCGCUACAACAGGACCAAGGUGGAGCGCUACUUCUCAGGCAUCAACAAGCGCGACAUCAGGCGCCUGUACGCGCGGUACCAGGGCGACUUCCAGCUGUUCGGGUACCCCAGCCCCGACUUUUUACUGAACUGAGACGCUGAUUAAGAGUUUUCAUAUAAGCACCUCGUCUUUGGUUUAAAGGCAGAGGGGUGUUGUAGCUACCUGUGUGCCAGAAAACUGAAAGCCUGGGAUUCACUCCAAAUGUCUUUGCCCUUAUUUUAGACACUUUUGUUCGAGUAACUGACAAUUUGUUGCUGUUGUUGCGACUGCUGCCUAAUCGUAUAUUAAACAGUUUUGUGGCUGAUGAGCUGAUUUAACAGUGCGACGUUAAGGAGAACGGCUGCAGAAGAUCAAAUACAGGUAAAAAAAUCAAACCGUCCACAGAUCUAAGAGGCUCCGUGACGUCAGGGAUUCAGGCUCGUGAGCCUGUAAUGUAGCCGUCGUAUUGCACUGAGAGGAAUCGCAAGUUUUGUGGGUUUCGACGCGUGUCUCUUAAAAUGUCAGACAUAAGCAAAGAUGUCGGUAAAAGGAAAGAACGAGAUCUGGUUGGACAUUGAUCAUUAACUUUUUAGACUUUCUACCAUAGAUUUUAUGCGAGGCACCUUAACGCCUUGUACACAUUUCUGUUCAGUCAAGGCCGGGUCGAUAGUUUAAUCAUUUUCUGCCUUUACCGAAGUUGAAGAUUGACUCCGUUUAUUGAUGUUACACUGAAGGAAAGUGGCACUGGAUUUUAAAAGGUUCCUUUUUCUACAAGAAAUGUACUGUGUAAAUGUUCCUAACAUGAAUUCAACAGCUGUAUUACAUGUUGCUAUUUAUAAUAUAAUAAUAUUAAUCUGACUAUUGGCACGAACAGAUCAAAGACAGCACUGCCGCUCUGCAGCCAUUUUUUUUUUUUGGACGGGUGGCUGUUGGGUUACAAUGACAAAACUAGUUCAUAAUAAAGUCACGUGUCAAUUAUU